UGUCGGGACACGCCCCUGCUGACUGCUCCUGUGGCUCCUCCCACAGGCCCCUGUAUAAAGGAGACCUGCGGCCUGAAGAUCGGCCUCAGUCUCCAGGACCUUGUAUGAUAGACACUCACUCCUGGUUCCUUCUUCCAGUCAAUAAAAGCCGAUAUCUCGCCUACGUCUCAGUGUGAGUUAUUGAUGGUGCAUCAAUUUUAUUGACUGGAAAUUUUAAAACAUGGAACCCGUUUUGCGUCCGGACCGGUUGGAUUUGGACCCUCAAGACCCUGACGCAGCUCUCGCUUUUGAACACUGGCUUGCAUGCUUCCAAUCGUACUUGGCGGAGCUUCGUGCGACUGAACCCGCCGUUAUGCACAGAAUCCUACUCUCGAGGGUCACCCCCAAAGUUUACUCCAUUAUCCGGGACCUGCCGACCUACGAAGGGGCACUGGACGCCCUCAAACGACAGUACCUGCGGCCGGUGAACACCGUCUACGCAAGACAUCGCUUAGCUACCCGGCAACAGCGGCCUGGCGAAUCGUGCGCUGAGUUUCUCCGAGCACUACAGACACUAGUCCGAGCUUGUGACUGCAAGACGCUCACGGCAGAACAGCAUGCGGAGCUGCUGGUGCGAGACGCCUUUGUGACGGGACUGAGGUCAGUGUACAUGCGCCAGCGACUGCUGGAGAACUCGGAUCUUACCUUAAGCUCGGCGAUAGAGAAGGCCAACGCUCUAGAAGCUGCGCGGCAUAACGCCGACGCUGUCCAGUCGCGCGAUUCCCCGCCGGUUUCGUGGACGCCUCAGACCCCGCCACCGCCGGCUCCCGGGAGCGAAUUCGCCAACGCCGCCGCCAGUCGCCAUUCCACGAGCUCCCCGACCCAGACCACGGCUGUGGCCCGUAAGAAACUCGUGCCUUGUUAUUUCUGUGGCCAAAAGAAACAUCCUCGACAACGCUGUCCAGCGCGAGAAGCGACCUGCUCCAGCUGCGGAAAGCGGGGCCACUUCGCCAAGGUCUGUAAGUCUCAACCUCGAGCGGAGUGCAGCGCUGCGGGUGAAACGUGGGGGCUGCCAUCUUGCAUGCCGGGAUGUGGGCGGCCAUCUUUGUCGACGUCAGCACGCCCCGCCCCCGACCCUCCGAUGCUGACCGGGUACCCCGACGGCGAUCCAACUCUGGCCACUGUGACUCUCGACCAAAGCGCCCCACACCAGCUUGCAAGAUCCAUGAUGGACAUCCAGGUGGAGGGGCAUUGGACUGGAUGCCUGUUUGACACGGGCAGCACUGGGAGUUUUAUUCACCCGGACACAGUGCAACGCUGCGGACUUGCAACGCGGCCGGUCAGUCGGAGGUUCCAUUUGGCCUCUGGGUCGCAGUCCGCAGACAUCCGGGCGGGUUGUGUAGCGACUUUGGUGGUGCAAGGCACAGUAUAUCAGGACUUUGAACUGCUGGUCAUGCCUAAUCUGUGUGCACCUGUGCUAUUGGGGCUGGACUUCCAGAGCCAUCUCGAAAGUGUGACUAUGGUAUACGACGGGCCCCUCCCACCACUCACUGUCAAGAAUCCUCAGUUUUGUGGGACUUCUUCACAUACCCCGCUACUGACCACACACACACACGGACACACACAUCCCAUCCAGAACCAGGCCAACAGCUGCGCUACCGACACUUGCAGCCUCUCCACUCUCAAGAUCCCUCCCCCACCGCUGUUCGCCAAAAGCAGGAGGUACAGCGCGGGGGACCGGGCCUUCAUUCGGUCGGAGGUGCAGCGGCUGCUCAGGGAGGGGAUCAUUGAGCCGAGCACAAGCCCUUGGAGGGCCCAGGUGGUUGUUGUUCGGACUGGGCAGAAAAAUAGGAUGGUGGUGGACUAUAGUCAAACCAUCAAUAGGUUUACGCAGCUUGACGCAUACCCCCUACCCCGCAUCGCGGAUAUGGUCAACCAGAUUGCUCAGUAUAAGGUGUACUCGACAAUAGAUCUGAAAUCCGCUUAUCACCAGCUCCCCAUCUGCCCAGAGGACCGCCCCUACACCGCCUUCGAGGCGGGCGGCCGGCUCUAUCACUUCCUGCGCGUCCCUUUCGGUGUCACGAAUGGUGUCUCUGUCUUCCAGAGGGAAAUGGACCGGAUGGUGGACCAGUACCAACUGCAGGCCACAUUUCCCUAUCUGGAUAACAUCACCAUCUGUGGUCAUGACAGGCCAGAUCACGACGCCAACCUCCAACGGUUUCUCCAAGUGGCCGCAGCUCUGAACCUUACUUAUAACAGGGACAAGUGUGUUUUUGGUACCACCCGCCUUGCUAUACUUGGGUAUGUCGUGGAAAACGGGGUUAUUGGGCCUGAUCCCGAACGUAUGCGCCCCCUGUUAGAGCUCCCUCUUCCCACCACUCUCAAGGCCCUCAGACGGUGCCUGGGGUUUUUUUCCUAUUACGCCCAAUGGGUCCCCCAUUACGCAGACAAGGCUCGCCCCCUGGUCAAGUCUACCUCGUUUCCCCUCUCUGCUGAGGCCUGCGCGGCCUUCAACUGCAUUAAAGCGGACAUUGCCAAAGCUACAAUGUAUGCAGUGGACGAGACCGCUCCCUUCCAAGUGGAGUGUGAUGCCUCCGAUUUCGCUCUGGCUGCUACCCUUAAUCAGGAAGGCAGACCAGUAGCAUUCUUUUCUCGCACCCUCCAAGGCUCUGAAAUUCGGCACUCUGCGGUGGAGAAAGAAGCCCAGGCCAUAGUGGAGGCUGUUAGGCACUGGAGGCACUAUCUUGCUGGCAAAAGAUUCACUGUGCUGACCGACCAGCGCUCGGUUGCGUUCCUGUUCAGCAACCAACAGCGGGGCAAGAUCAAAAAUGAUAAGAUUUUGCGGUGGAGGAUAGAACUCUCCACCUACACCUAUGAUAUCCUGUACCGGCCUGGCAGACUCAAUGAGCCCCCUGAUGCCCUAUCCCGGGGAACAUGUGCUAGCACACAGCUCGACCAGCUGUACGCCCUUCAUGCACAACUUUGCCAUCCGGGGGUCACCCGAUUUUACCAUUUUGUGAAAGCUCGGAACCUGCCGUACUCCCUGGAGGACAUCAGGACGAUGACCAGGGACUGCCAAAUUUGUGCCGAGUGCAAACCGCACUUCUACUGUCCUGACACGGCACAACUUGUCAAGGCCACCCGCCCUUUUGAACGCCUGAGUGUUGACUUUAAGGGCCCCCUUCCCUCCACUGACCGCAAUGUCUAUUUUCUCAGUGUUAUUGACGAGUUCUCACGGUUCCCCUUUGCCAUCCCCUGCCCCGACACCACUGCCACGUCCGUCAUAAAAGCCCUGCGCCAGCUCUUCACUCUGUUCGGGUAUCCCUGCUAUAUCCACAGUGAUAGAGGGUCCUCCUUUAUGAGUGAAGAGCUGCGCCAGUACUUGCUAGCUAGGGGCAUUGCUACCAGUCGGACCACGAGUUAUAAUCCCCGGGGUAAUGGCCAGGUAGAGCGGGAGAAUGCCACAGUGUGGAAGGCCACACUUUUAGCCCUCAAGUCCAAAGGGUUGCCAGUCUCUCGAUGGCAGGAGGUCCUCCCUGAGGCACUGCACUCUAUCCGCUCUCUGUUAUGUACGUCCACCAAUGCCACCCCUCACGAACGCCUAUUCUCUUUUCCCAGGAAGUCUGUCACUGGGACCACCCUACCAGUUUGGCUGACGUCCCCGGGGCCAGUGCUGCUCCGGAAACAUGUGAGGAGCAAUAAAUACUCCCCGCUGGUGGAGAGGGUUCACCUUCUCCAUGCGAACCCCCAGUAUGCUUACGUGGUCUUACCUGAUGGGCGGGAGGACACGGUCUCCAUCCGCGAUCUGGCACCCGCAGGUGCAGCAGACCACUACCCUGAAGGCUCUCCGGUAACUGUGAACCCUGCACCAGAGGUGACACCGUACUCACCAGGCCCUACACAGACUCCUCACGACACUUGUAUACCGGGCGUUUCGUACGCAUUUAUACCAGGCGCCUCGCACAUGCAUGAGGGUUCACCGGCGCCUAGUGGGCAAGAACACGCGCAACCCCCGUCCCCUGUGCAAUCGCCAAUGUUGCCGGCACCUAUGCGGUCACAGCCGGUGCUACGUAGAUCGCAGCGACAGAUUCGACCGCCUGAUCGGCUUGACUUGUAAGAACCUUCGCUACAUGAGGACUUUUUCAAACGAAGGGGGGGUGAAUGUGGUGAACUAUGUGCCUGUCGGGACACGCCCCUGCUGACUGCUCCUGUGGCUCCUCCCACAGGCCCCUGUAUAAAGGAGACCUGCGGCCUGAAGAUCGGCCUCAGUCUCCAGGACCUUGUAUGAUAGACACUCACUCCUGGUUCCUUCUUCCAGUCAAUAAAAGCCGAUAUCUCGCCUACGUCUCAGUGUGAGUUAU